AUGUCUCAACCAUGUUUGAUCGAGAAUUGCGUCCGUAAAUCACGUGGGUUGUGUGAUUGUUGUCAACAAAAUCUUUGUUUACAACAUUUAAAUGAACACAAUGAGUCACUUAUUUUUCAAUUGAAUCCUUUGGCUGAUGAAAUUAAUGCACUUGGGAAUCGUCUCAAAACACUAGAUAUUCACAAAAUAAUUGACAAUAGUCGUCAAAAACUUGAACAAUGGCGCCAAGAUUGUUAUAAGAAGAUAGAUUGCUUUUUUGAACAAAAAUGUCAAGAACUUGAUCAACUUAUUAAUGAAAAAGUUGACCAACAACGAGAAGAGCUCAAUCGAAUACAACGGGAUAUAAUUCAGUUAAUCAAUGUACAAGAAAUAACUCGUCAGAAUAUCGAUUCAUUGAGAUCAAGUAUUGGCCAGCUCGAAGCAAAUAUAAACCACAUCGAACAAAAGUUUUUUACAAUCAAUACUCAUCCAUUAGUAAUAGAUGACGCGCUCGUUUUGAUUAGGAAAAUGACUGACCAUGAACUUGAUCUAUCAACUCUGUGGCCGAUCUACAGAACAAUUGACAGUCCUAAGGGCAGUUGCGGAUCACUAACUGGCAAUGAUCGGUACUUAUUGAAGCACCAAGAGCCUAACUUAUGUUUAUUUGAUAGAGAAAUGAACAUAGUAAAACAAACGUUAUGGCCUUACGGUGCAAUUCAUGACAUGUGUUGGUCGUCAACAUUAGAUCGUUUUAUUGUGCUUGGGAAAAAGGACAUCUUUCUCAUAAACGAACAUACAAUGUCAAUUGAUAAUGUCCAUACAAUUGAAGAACGAGACUGGGGAUCGUGUACAUGUUCUGACACGGUUCUCUUUGCAUCCAAAAUUGAACGUGCUUCAUCUGUUAUGGAAUUCACAUUAUUGCCCACAAUCGAAUUGACUCGAGAAUGGAAAUAUCCUCAUACAUGUAACAGAGAUGAAUUUAUUGCUGAUACUGUUUACAACAACGGAAAUCUUGCUCUGAUGGUUAUGAAAAAAUCCGAGAAAUCGGUACGGAUUGAAUUAAGAUAUGCAAACACGUUCGAUCGUAUCUGGUCAUUUCAAACUGAUAUUAGAUGGAUUCAAAAUAAAGUGUUUCGCUGUUGUUCACUAACAUGUAAUGAGUGGUUGAUUGUUGACUAUCACACUGGACGCCUGCUGCACAUCACAAAAGAUGGAGAAAUAAAGAAUACAAUUCAAUAUUACCCGACUCCCUAUCGUGCUAUUCUGUUGAACCUAAAUAAUCUAGCUGUAUCAACUAUGAAUGAUGUUCGACUGCAUACAAUUCAAUAA